CACUUUAUUUGUAGUUCGUCUUCAUCACUCAUUAACAUUAACCAUGAGGGAGAUAGUGCACAUUCAGGCGGGCCAGUGCGGUAACCAGAUUGGUGCAAAGUUCUGGGAGGUGAUCAGUGAUGAGCACGGCAUCGACCCAACAGGAACCUACCAUGGAGACAGCGACCAGCAGCUGGACCGGAUUAGCGUUUAUUACAAUGAAGCUACUGGUGGGAAGUACGUUCCCAGAGCCAUCCUCUUUGACCUGGAACCAGGAACCAUGGACUCCGUCCGAUCAGGACCCUUUGGCCAAAUCUUCAGACCUGACAACUUUGUCUUUGGUCAGAGUGGAGCUGGGAACAACUGGGCCAAGGGUCACUACACGGAGGGAGCGGAGCUGGUGGACUCGGUGCUGGACGUGGUGAGGAAGGAGGCAGAGAGCUGCGAGUGCCUGCAGGGCUUCCAGCUCACCCUCUUUCUGGGAGGAGGCACUGGCUCCGGCAUGGGGACGCUGCUCAUCAGUAAGAUCAGAGAGGAGUACCCCGACCGCAUCAUGAACACCUUCAGCGUGUUGCCCUCGCCUAAGGCGCUCAGAUUCUCAUAAACAAGCUGAGAAAAGCUACAACUAAAACAUUAAAACCUGCAGACGGCCUUUAGAAGACCAGACCCGGUCCGGUAGCCUGAACGGUCCUGACCGCGUCUCCGUGUCCCCCAGGUGUCCGACACGGUGGUGGAGCCGUACAACGCCACGCUCUCCGUCCACCAGCUGGUGGAGAACACCGCAUGUC